GUGAACGCGCCGGAACGGGCCGUAACUUGUCGGGCAUCUUGCCUAGUAAAACGAGCUCCAUUCGAGCACACCCCCGCGCUACCCCAGUCAGGCGACCGUUGCUCCUACCCCUUCGUUUCUCUCCCCCCUCUCCUCACCUCGAUCUUCUCUUGCUGCGGAAUUCGUGCUCUAACUCUAACCAACCAAGCAACCAACUAACCAAGCAAGCAAGCAACCAACCAACCAACCAACCAACCAACCAACCAACCAAUCAACCAACCAACCAACCAACCAACUGCUCAUUCCGUUCGACGUGUGAGCGUUGAGUUCGUGUCGACGACACGUUUUUCCCAAAGAUGAGCAGCUCCGAGGAGGUAUCCUGGAUUUCGUGGUUCUGCGGUCUGCGUGGGAAUGAGUUCUUUUGCGAGGUGGACGAGGAUUAUAUUCAAGACAAGUUUAAUUUAACAGGAUUAAAUGAACAAGUACCACAUUACCGUCAAGCAUUAGACAUGAUUCUUGAUCUUGAGCCAGAUGAUGAUCUGGAUGACAAUCCAAAUCAGUCUGACCUGAUUGAACAAGCUGCAGAAAUGCUGUAUGGUCUUAUUCACGCGCGCUAUAUACUUACUAAUCGUGGCAUCGCUCAGAUGAUUGAGAAAUAUCAAGCGGGUGAUUUUGGUCAUUGCCCACGUGUUUACUGUGAAUCCCAACCAAUGUUGCCGCUAGGUCUUAGUGAUGUUCCUGGAGAGGCAAUGGUUAAAAGCUACUGUCCCAAAUGCAUGGAUGUUUACACACCGAAAAGCUCAAGACAUCAUCAUACCGAUGGAGCAUAUUUUGGGACAGGAUUUCCACACAUGUUAUUCAUGGUUCAUCCUGAAUAUAGACCGAAACGUGCACAAAAUCAAUUUAUACCCAGAUUAUACGGUUUUAAAAUUCAUCCUCUAGCAUAUCAAAUCCAACAGCAGUCUGCGUCUACGUUUAAAGCACCUUUACGAGCUCUCAACUACAAUAAUGGGAAACGUUAAGGACACUUUGGCAUAGCUUAGAAUACUUCCUUCUAUACACAUAUUGCAAUUCCUAAUUUCGUCCUUAAGACUAAAAAUAAAAUAUUAUUUUUUAUAUCUCUGUUUCUCUCUUUCUUUCUCUCUCUUUAUCUCUAACUCUUUUCUCUUCAACACGCCUUCGAGCAAAAAUGUCACUCUUUUCGUCGUGGCUCUCUCUAUUCGUUCGUAAUCUAACCGUUUUGCAAUUGUAACUUCUGAACUUCAGAUUGUACAAAAUAUUAAUAAAAGGAGAGGGAGAGAGAGAAAGAGAGAGAGAAAAGAGGAGGAGGAGUGAAUUAUUGUGUUAAUUCAAAUUAUAACAAUCUUUGUUCUCAUUUGAGAUCCGACAUGUUUAUAUCAAGACUUCGUAUUUUAUUCAUCAUGAGAUAAAAGAGAAAGGAGGAUAUGAGAAUACGCUUAGGAUAAUUCCUAGAUCAUAAGUGAGGAAAAGAAGACGAUAUUAUAAAUAGGACACGCAGCUGUUUUGUACGAGUCGCUCGCGUCACCGUUAAUCGCUGCCAAGUAGUUCCUAAAUGUGCAGAAGCGAAUAUUGUGAGCAAAUCGAGGAGCUAGUAGCGCCGGUUUUACACCGAUUUUUUUCAAGACGACAAAUGAUGUAUAGAGAGGUGGAUAACACUGUUAAGAAUUAUAAUUUAAUUUAAUCAUCGAGUAAUUCACGCGCGAACUGUGACAGAAGCGAUUUGUUAAUAUACAAUUGUAGACAGUGCGUAUGUAAUUUACUUGUACGAAACUACUGAUUUUAAGAAACACGGUAUAAUUUUCAAAAAUGAAGAUAACGGUGUUUCCUGGUGAAACAAAAAGAAGGAGGAAAAAGCAUUUUGGUUUGUACCACGGUUUUUGAGAUAUUUAAGGGCGGUGAUAUUGAAGAAA